UCGAGCCGAAAAAUAUUUCGUCUGCUAGAAAGCAAUGUGCUUUGACAGUUUACAACCGUAGUUUAUAAAAUUAAGUAUUAAAAAAUAGUUAAUAAAGCAUAAAAGUGCAUUAGAAAACACAGUUUCAAAAUAUUGUCAACAUCGGCUUUUUUUAGAGCCAAACAAGAAUGUAAAGUUUAGCACAAAAUUAUAAAUUUUUUGACACUUUUAAUAAUUGUUGAGAUUAGAUUGUUGAAAUCGUUAAAAUAACAAUAACAGAUUCGACAAUGAAUAUUUUACAAAAAGCUACCAAUUCAAUGGGACUGAAUACGUGGAGGAGUUCCUGUAUUUUUCGAUUUUCCGGACCAUUGAGAAAAAACAACACGAGAACGUGUUCUUUUCAACGAGAGGCUGGAUUUCGAAUAGGAAUAAAACAGGAAAACAAAUUUAAAGUAAUAGAUAAAAUGUCUAGCACGAAUAAAUUAGUAUACAAUAAUCCUUAUGCGACUUGGAUUGAAAGGGCUUUUCAUGUGCAAAGAAUAAUUUUGCUAAUCGGUUCGCCAAUUGCGAUUUACUAUACUUAUCGUUUCUAUAACAAAACUAUUUCACUUCCUGUAAUCAAGGACGAAAAAGUUCUUAUAAACAGUACAAUGGAAUUCGCUUCAGCAGUUGGUAUAACACUUUUUACGUUAUUUUUGGCAACUCUCCUAUUUAAAUGUUCAGUGUUACGAAUUUAUUUCGAUAAAGCAGAGAACGUAAGUAGAGCCGUGUUAAUCAGUAAUUUACCAUUCAAGAAAACAAUUAUUACUAUUAAACCUGAAAGUGUAACUCCAAAGCUUAGAAAAUUAAAUCCUCAAGAACCAAACGCAACAUUUGAAUAUUUACUGAAGGGCAGGAGAAUGUUUCUAUUUGGUGAUUUUUUUAGAACGCCGGAGGAUUUAAAUAGAAUGUUAAAAUAUGAUUAAUAAAAAACUUAUAUUUCUGUAAAUAUAUUUAAAAAUUAAACCAUA